UGACAUUCCUGCCUGCAACAAAUCGUCUCUGAACGUUGAUUUGCGUAAACCUCGUAUAUAUUCAUUUGGAGUAUCUCUCUAUCGUAAAGCUCUUACAAGUUAAUUUUCAAAGAGGAUUAAAAGCAAUAAGUGAGCGCCUAUACUUGUGUACGCGUUGAAAUUAAUCAAGUUUGCUUAGAGCGAGAUGGGCCGGAGAAAAUCGAAGAGAAAACCACCGCCAAAGAAGAAAAAUAUUGAACCUUUGGAUCAGCAGUUUAAUUGCCCCUUCUGUAAUCAUGAAAAAUCUUGUGAGGUAAAAAUGGACAAAAGCCGUAAUACUGCGAAGGUUACUUGCAGAGUUUGCCUCGAAGAUUUUCAAACUAGUAUAAACUUUUUAUCCGAACCCAUUGAUGUUUACAAUGAUUGGGUGGAUGCUUGUGAAACUGCUAACUAAUGGUUAGCAUUUUCUGUUUUAUCUAUACAUAUAUUUAGUUUCUUUUUUACUAUCCAAGAUGUAUGUUCAUUCAUAUAGAGUGCACUAUUAAUUACUUUAAUAUUAAAUA